UGCAGGGUAGAAAGAGGAGCCCCAGAAACUUGAUUGCUGGCUGGGGAGGCAAAGCGCAAAAACUCAGGUGCUAGAGAACGGGGCUGGGGAUGGCCAGCCGGUUUGCGCUGGGCCGGACCCUGAGGGCGGUCAGGUGCAACUGGGCGGAGGCUGCCAUGCUGAGGCCGCGGGGCCAGGGCGGGCCAGCCGGCGGGGCAUUUAAAACCCGCUGACAGCCGGUCAGGAACACGCGUCCAGCUCUGUGCCCUCCUCCGUCGACUCAGCUUCGGGUACCGGUCGGGCAGGAUGCGGUCUUCCCUGGCACCGGGUGUCUGGUUCCUCCGCACCUUCUCCCGGGACAGCUGGUUCCGAGGCUUCAUCCUGCUGCUGACCUUCCUCAUCUAUACCUGUUACCACAUGUCCAGGAAGCCCAUCAGUGUGGUCAAGAGCCGGCUGCACCAGAACUGCACGGAGCUGAUCAAACCCAUCAAUGACAGCCACAGUCUCAAUGACACCACGUGGUGCAGCUGGGCCCCAUUUGACAAGGACAACUACAAGGAGUUAUUGGGGGGCGUGGACAACGCCUUCCUGGUGGCCUACGCCAUUGGCAUGUUCAUCAGUGGGAUGUUUGGGGAGCGGCUCCCCCUCCGCUAUUACCUCUCAGCAGGAAUGCUGCUCAGCGGCCUCUUCACCUCCCUCUUUGGCUUGGGAUAUUUCUGGAACAUCCACAUGCUCUGGUACUUUGUGCUCAUUCAGAUCUGCAACGGACUCGUCCAGACCACAGGCUGGCCCUCCGUGGUGACUUGUGUCGGCAACUGGUUCGGGAAGGGAAAACGAGGCCUCAUCAUGGGCGUGUGGAAUUCCCACACAUCUGUGGGCAACAUCCUGGGCUCCCUGAUUGCCGGCAUCUGGGUGAAUGACCAGUGGGGUCUGUCAUUCAUCGUGCCUGGCGUCAUCACUGCCGCCGUCGGCGUGAUCACCUUCCUCUUCCUCAUUGAAUACCCUGAAGAUGUGGACUGCAACCCUCCCCAGCACCAUGGUGGGCCAGACGAGGACCAGGAUAACCUUGAGGACCCUGGGAAUGGCCUCUACUCUAACAGGGAGAGUGGCCUUAACACUGCAGCCAGAUGUUCCAAGGAACCCUGUGAGGAGCCUUCUGCCAUCAGCUUUCUUGGGGCACUCCGGAUCCCGGGUGUGAUCGAGUUCUCUUUGUGUCUGCUCUUUGCCAAGCUGGUCAGUUACACCUUCCUCUACUGGCUACCUCUGUACAUCUUCAAUGUGGCUCACUUUAGUGCCAAGGAGGCUGGAGACCUAUCUACGCUCUUUGACGUUGGUGGCAUCAUAGGCGGUAUCGUGGCAGGGGUCAUAUCUGACCACACCAACGGCAGGGCCACCACAUGCUGCAUCAUGCUGAUCUUGGCUGCCCCCAUGAUGUUCCUGUACAACUACAUCGGCCAGAACGGGGUCACCAGCUCCAUAGUGAUGCUGAUCAUCUGCGGGGCCCUGGUCAAUGGCCCUUACGCACUCAUCACCACUGCUGUCUCCGCUGACCUGGGUACUCACAAGAGUCUGCAAGGCAAUGCCAAGGCCCUGUCCACUGUCACAGCCAUCAUUGACGGCACUGGUUCCAUAGGUGCUGCUCUGGGGCCUCUGCUGGCUGGGCUCAUUUCUCCCACGGGCUGGAACAACGUCUUCUACAUGCUCAUCUCUGCCGACAUCCUGGCCUGCCUGUUCCUCUGCCGGUUGGUGUACAAAGAGGUCCUGACCUGGAAGGCAUCCCUGAGCAGGAACAGAGGCUCUAAUCUGGUCCUAACCCACCCGCGAUAGUAUUUUCCUCAAGUCCCAUGACUUUUGUAUAAAGAAAUAUGAGGCUCCCACUGGAAGAGAAGCAUGAAGGGUCCUGGCUGGGUCCCCAACAUGCUUCCCUUGGGCAAGAUAAGACAAUGGAAACUUCCACAGAUGGGGAAGGCAAAGCCAGCCCAGCCCAACCAGAGGGCUGCUGAGGGUACAGGAGAUUGUCCAUGGGAAGGGGACUGCUAAGCAGGAGGAAAUGAAAGACUCAAGAGCCUGAGUUCUGGAAGCUGCAAGCAGAAUGGAGGGGACCAGAGCUGAGUGGUGUCUCUGUAUCAAUAAGGGAAGAUAAGUUAAACUCAGACUGUUGCUUGUUGAGAUUCCAAGACAGAAGCUCUAACAGGGCCAAGGCCUGGAAAAUGUACAUCUCUCCUUCUCAUGGUAAAUGUUAAUCUCUAAUCAGCCUCUACCUAUAGGUGUGCACCAUUUCAAAGGUGCUCAGCCUGUCUUUGUCCAAGAAUUAGUCUUCUUGUUCUCUGUGUAUUUCCCUAAGUUGGACCCUCUUCUCCCCUCCACUUGAUCCUGUGGCUAACUCCAUUGCCCGCUCUGUGCCGAGCACCAUGGCUGUCCUUUCUGGGCCAGGACUAGGCUGAGACAAGGAAGCUGCCUUGGCACAGAGCUCAAGGGACGCUCAGUCUUGGGCACAUGCUGGCCCUGAGAGUGGAGUGCCGCCCUGGCCUCACUCCAGUCCCCGUCCCCAGUGUCCUCAGUGGAAGAGGACAUCAGGGCCAAGUGCUGUGGGGAGAGGGAGAGGGAGAGUAGAGGGACUGGGUGUGAGUGCAAAGGCCCGUGUGUGUGGUGAGUGUUUGGAGAGGGAAAUGCCUGUGGCACAGCAGCUCUACUCUAGGGAUGAAGUAGACGAUGGACACAAAAGCCCACUGGCCUUGGUGCCAGGGUGAUGGGUUUGUUCGGGCAGCUGCUGACUGAAGAGUUCUCGGCGCCACGUGCAGCCCCCUUCUACCCAGUGUUCCUGACACGUCCUCCUUCCACCCCAAACCUUGCAGACUGGCAUCUCCGUCUGACCCUAAAGCUGCCCUUUGGCACCAAUACAGAUUGCCUUUUCCCA